GUAUUUUUAGUUUAUUUUGAAACGCUUAUCGAUCAUUUUAUUAUUUGAUUCAACUUCACGUGAUAGAUAUAUAUAGUUUAAUAUACGUACUGACGUUUCUAAUUCUUUAUUCGUUUAUCUUUUACAGUCUUCCAAAUUUUUAUUUAUUCUAGUUUUAAGAUUUGUAAUUUAUUAUUCAUACACAUCUAAGAAAUGUCAACUCCAUGGGCAAAAAUUCAACCAGUAGAAGGACCUGUUAAUUUAUUAGAGAUAACUUCAGAACAACUAGCAAAAAGUUUGCAAGAAAAAGAAUUAAAAAAGUAUCAAAAUGAGACAGAAAAUGAUGUAAACAUUGAAGACUGUACAAUAUAUGAAACCAAUGAUACAGAUAGCGAUGAAGUAAUUGCACAUAUGUUACAAGAUCAAUUUAACAAAGAAUAUGAUUUAAUGUUAAAACGCACAGAGAAAAAAUUCAAUCGUGAUUCUAAAGUUAAUAUAUCAUAUACAAAUUAUCGAACUUCUUUUUGUGAUGAUCAAGAUGAUAAAGAUACAGACAUUGAAGAUACAACUAAAGAUUUUGAUAGAUUUGUGAGUAUAGAGAAAGAAUAUGCUUCUAUACCACGUUGUGGAUAUAGAAAAAUGGGUGGUGAGGGAUCUCAAAUUGUUACAAAACAUGAUAUGUUGAUGUCUUCAAGGAUAAAUGCUUGCAGAGUGUUACAAUUCCCACCAGGAAUUCAUACAGGAGACACAGGAGGAUUUGAUGUUAAAUUAAACAAUAAAGUAUUUAACAGUUUAAGGGCUCAUAGUCAUGCUCAGUGUUCUAAACAAAAAGCAAAAGCACGACCACAUACAAAAUAAAUAAAUAAAAUAUUUCCAUAGGUCUCUCAAUUGUCAAAUUACUUUCAAAAUCUUCAUUUAAUGACGUUUGGAUGGCAGGUCUACAUAUCAACCCAUUGUAUAGAGUCAGCGAACAUCGUAAAGAUGCUAGUAACCAAUUAUAUCUAAAGAAAAAACAUUUUUUACUAGAAAAAUUGCUUGAAAUAUGAUAUAAUUUCACUUACAAACACUUAAUGUGUAAGAGUCCAAAAAUAAAAAAUAAUAUAGCCACCGGAGCUAUCAAAUAAAUAAACAUUUUUUAAUAUGUUUAUAAGAAGUAUGAUACUUCAGUGGAUCAUUUUGUCAAUUGACUACAGUUUUUGACAUAAGACAAUCGAGUUAGCCUACUAGAAUUUACUGCACAAAUCCAAAACAACAUAUAUAACAAAGUAAAAUAAUGUAAGUAAUGAUAAAGAAGAAAUAAAUUCUUUUAAUCAUCUAAAAAUUUAAGAUGUAAUAUAUUAAAUUUAUACAUUUAUCGUAUAUUUAAAUUUAUUCACAUUUAAAAUUCACAAUAUUCACAAAUAAAGAAACUUCUUUGAAAUGUUGUAAAGAUAUCACUUUUGCUUCUUUUUUACUUUUCUUUAUGAUAAGACUAAACAUGUUUGAAGAUAUAUAUGUAUGUUGUUCUGUAUUAUAUGCAAAAGAAGAAAUAUUUAUAAAAAUAAUUAUCUUUAACAAAUUAUUCACUUUUAUCAUUAUUUAUCUUAAAAAAAAAAAACUAAAUUUUAUAUUUAAUGAAAAAUAUUAAAGAUAACAAAAUAUAUACUGUCAUAUAGAUAUACAUGAAAUGCUUCAAGAUUAAAUGUCUUCAAAAUCAGUUUCUAGAAACUUGUACAUCAAUUACAUAUUUUUUUUUUAUACAGUCUUAAUUGUUAUAUAUUUUCAUAUCACAAAAAAAUUUUUUUUAUUAUAAAGCUAUUUGUAACAUAUUUAUUUUAAUUAUUUGUUAAAUAAUCCCUUAAUUAUAUUUUAUGCUAUAGAUGUACUUACAUCUGAUGCUUGAUAUUGACAUAAAAAUUAUAGCAUACAAAUAUAUAUUUAAUUAAAAUUAUUAAGGAAUUUAUAAUGAAAUUAAAAAUAUGGUUAACUAUAUAAGAAAAUGAAGAAAUGAAAUAUAUUCUCAAACAUGUUUAUUUAAGCAUUAGAUAUUAACAAAGAAACAUAGCAAUAUCCAGCAUCAGACACUUGCUGGCAUUAAAUGUUCUGGUUUACGUAUAUACAGAAGAGUAUCUAAAUGAAAAUAAAGACGUAUCAAAACUAGAUCACAAAAUGUGUAUACAAAAGUUUACAUUUAAUGAUUAACAAAUCUGUUGCAUUGCACAGAUUGUUAUAUUCAUUUUAUCAAACGAUUUAUAUGCAUAUGUAUAUAUAUAUGUGUAUAUUUAUAUAUGUAUAAAUGCUAUAUAGAUUGCUCUUGAAUAUUUUAUAUUCUUCCAUAGAACAUUUAGAAGGAGCAAUACAAAUUUGUAUGCUUGUUUUUGUUCAGUUUAGUUUUCUACAAAAGAAAAGCAUAAAAAAAUUAAUUAUGAACGCUUCAAACGAACACUUUAAAAAUUAUACAUAUUUGACUUCCAAUAUCCCAACAUUAAUAAAUCGAUAAUAACAUGUGUGCUAAACAAUUUCCUUACAACCCAAAAAUAAAGCAACAAAAAUUACUUGAACUUACAAUGAUAAGAAAUUUUCUUUAAGAUAUCCUUUAAAAUAUAUAUGAUAACAUUUAAUUUAGACUUUCAUCACAGAAAAAUAUUUCUGAAUGAAAAGAAAAAGAAAUAGCUAUGUUUAUGUGCACAUUUAUAAAAUUGUGAUACAAAAAGAAUUUGAUUAUCUUCUAAGAUAAACUAUUUUCAUUCAACUUUUCUUUUUCUUUCUGAUACAGAAACUUGCAUUGGAUAUAAUUUAAUGUGAUUAGUAAAUCUAUUGCGUUUUUGCAUCUAAUAGCAUUUUUAAUAAGACUGACCAGAAUUGUGAAGUAAAAUGCAAAAGGAACCAUACUUGUUAAAAAUUUUUUGUCAAUUAUAUUUAAAAUACAGAUUUAACAAUGCAAAAUUAUUGUAAUGUAGUCUCAAUAUUCAUAAAAUAUUAUGAAGUGUAUGUAUAUAUAUAUAUACAUACAUGAAUUAAAUCUGUACUUUAAUUAUAAUAUUUAUUAUGUUCGGUCAUUUGUUUUAUAAAUUAUUUACAUUUCUUAGUCAGCUUAUUAAAAAAUUUGUUUGUAAGCUAAAAUGUUAAUUAAGACAAAUAUAAUAAAUGUUUGGUGUACAGCUUUUGUGAAGUCAUAUUAUAUAUAUAUAUAUAAGUUCCUUUUUUUAGUUUCUACAACAAAAUCUGUUGUUUUCUAUUCAAUGUGUACUUUAGUGAGCGUAUUAUUCACAGUAUAUAAUAAAUGUAGUCAUAGUUGAUACGAUAGUUCUAUGCAGAAAAUGCAAUACAAUAAUCAUUCUUUGAUUUCUUUUUUUAACAUAUUUUAUAGAUCUGUGAUAAAACUGCAUUCCUGACACUGUACUACGCUUCACAUAAAAUACUCGAAUGUAUCAAAUAUAUAUAUAUUUUUAUGUGUGUAUAUAUAUAUAUAUUAUUUUUUUUUUUUAUAAAUGUCUCUUACGACAGUAUCAUUUUUCUGUGGAAUGAUACUUAAACAUAAAGAAUGCAAUAUUCAAAUAUCAAUAAAGGUUAAUCAUCUAAAUCAUUGACAUGGAGAACUUCUCUGUGUGUUAAUCCGACGUCCGAUAAUGUUAAAAUUUCUCUACACGGAUAUAGAAUUCUUUUCGGAAAACUUGUAGUUAUUUCAAAACUCACUGGAGAAUCUGGCUGACUAAAUAUCCAAUAAUAUACAUCCUAAAAAAAUAAAAUAAUUAUAUAUUAAAAUUAAUAAUAAAUAAAUUAAAAAUCAAACGACAUACUUCUACUGUGUCAGACAUUAGAAAA